CUCCAAGUCCAUUCUACCAGCUUACAUCCAACCCACCCAGCACAACCAUGACCGUCCCCCAACCCCAAGCCCAUGCCCCCAACACCCUCCGCCCUCCCAACCGCUUCAUCACAGAACACACCCCCGCCGGCCUCGCCAUCUUCAACUCCGACAUCCCCCCAACCACUCCCGCCCAAACCAUCCCCACAGGCGACACCUUAUACCUCAACUACGCCACCAACCAAUUCCCCCUCGACCUUCACCAAGACCUACCAACCUAUCAACACUUCAUGACCAAUCCCCCAGGAUUUACCAUCCCCGGCGGCACAGUGCUUUGUACUAUAGACUUGGCUCCUGGGAGUACCAGCCCGUUGCACCGCACGCGGUCACUGGACUAUGCCGUUGUGGUUGAAGGAAGUGUGGAGUUGAAGCUGGAUAGUGGGGAAGUGAGGACGCUGCAGCGUGGGGAUGUUGUUGUUCAGCGGGGGACGAAGCAUCAGUGGCGGAAUGUUAGUGAGGUGCAGUGGGCGAGGGUUCUUUUUGUGGUGCAGGAGUCGAAGGCUGUGGUGGUUAAUGGGGAGGUGUUGGGGGAGGAGGUUGAGGGUUAGGGUGGGUGGUGAUUAGGUAUCGAAUUUCUAGGGCUGUUGAGCCUAGUUUGUGUCGACAAAGAAUAGAUAACCUCAAUCAUCUGAAAGAAAGAAGCUACCGUUAGCAAUAGUACUUCAUGAUGGUAACAAUAUGAUCGAUGUGAUAUAUAUACGAGAGGGGAUAUUUAGAGAAC